UUUGAUGUUGUAAUUAGAAUUUUUAUUUCAAAAUUGUUGGUUACUAAUUUUUAUAUUGUGUUGUUCUCAUUACAGGGUGGUGAAGUAAUACAGGAGAGUAUUACCUCAAAUGUUAGUGAAGACUUAAUAACAUUGGAAUUUCAAAAAACGGAUGGUACUCUAAUAACGCAAAUCAUAGAUUUUCGAAAUGAAGUAUGCAUACUUAAGGCUUUGGUUUUGGGCGAAGAAGAACGUGGUCAAAAUCUCUAUCAGGUCAUGUGUUUUGUAACGAAAUUCCAAAAAGGUGAUUUCAUAUCAUCCGAUGCCAUGGCCAAACUACGACAAAAGAAUCCCAGUACAAUACGAACGCCCGAAGAAGAUAAGGGUAAGGAAACUUUUACAAUGACCUCAUGGGUGCAUCUCAAUCGUUCCCAACCCAUAACAAGACAUCUGAUAAGUGUGUGUGGUGAAGCGGUAGAUGCCACAUAUAUAAGAGAUGUCGAUUUGAAGGCAUGGUCAGAGUUGCCAGGCUCCUCUAUCUCUAGUCUCGAAGCAGCCACCGAAAAAUUUCCUGAUACCUUAUCGUCACGUUGCAACGAAGUCAGUAGCCUAUGGGCACCUUGCAUUUGUACCUUAGAAACCUGUAUCGGUUGGUAUCCCUGUGGCCUCAAAUACUGUAAAGGUAAGACGGCUGGUGAUUCAUCGGCUGCUGCUGCAGCACAAACAAACUAUCGUUGUGGCAUUAAGACUUGUCGUAAAUGUUCACAAUUCUCAUAUUAUGUACGACAAAAACAGCAAUGUUUAUGGGAUGAAUGACGAGAACUGCAACAAAUGACCCCAUUACAAAUAACAAUAAUAAGAACAAUUCGAAUAAUUACAACAACUAUGACUACAAUUCAUACAAUUCAUACUCUAAAUUCUAAUUAUACACCAAUUAAUAUUAUUAUAAUGAUUAUUAUCUUAUGCUCAUUGUACAAAAUUCAAAAGACAAUAAAAAUGAUGACGAUGAUGAUGAUGAUGAUGUUAUUGACGUUGCUGAUGUGGGAUUUUCACAGUAAUCUCCUACACUUAAGUAGUAUACCAAUUCCAACGAAAAUACUUAAUGUUAAGAUUAAUCGACAUUGUAUUCAUAUCCCCAUAACAUUGCUGUUGCUAACCAUGUCGAGGAAAUAACAUUUACAUGACAGAGCAAAAGUAAUUGGAAACCAACAACACCACCACCACCACCACCAUCCUCUACUGGCUUCAUUUCUUUGUUAAAAAAAAAUUAUAUUU